AAGCAGCUGUUACCCUGGAGACCAAGCUAAACAAGCGCUGCUCUGUGUUUCACAAAGCUUUGUUACUUAAAGAAAGACUUUACAGGCAGAUACACUGCAGCUUUCUUUGAUUUUUAUUUUAUUUUAAUCACUUAACUAUAAAUUCAUAAUGGGUAGCGAUUACUACGAGACCCUGGAAAUAAACAGAAAUGCAACAGACGCAGAUAUAAAAAAGGCAUAUCGACGUCUUGCAUUGAAGUUUCACCCGAGCAGCAACAGAGAAACUGGCAGUACGGAGAGAUUCAGUCAGCUGGGUGAAGCCUACGAUGUUCUGAGCGACCCUCGAAAAAAGGCAACCUAUGACAAGUUUGGCCAGGAGGGUCUGAAAUCUGGUAUCCCAGCUGAGCUUGGCAGCAGUGGGGCUUGGUCAUCAAAAUAUGUGUACCAUGGGAAUCCGGACAAAACAUUCAGACAGUUUUUUGGAGGCAACAACCCGUUUGCAGACUUCUAUACAAAUGAUAUACCACUUCAGUUAGGUGGCCUGCAGCCAGGAGUGGUGAAGACACAAGAUCCUCACAUAGAGAGAGACCUUAAUUUGUCCCUGGAUGAUCUCUUCCACGGAUGCACAAAAAAGAUUAAGAUAUCUCGCAGGGUUAUGAAUGAGGACGGAUACACAUCCAGUAUCAAAGACAAGAUCCUGACUAUAGACGUGAAGCCUGGGUGGAAAGAAGGCACAAAAAUAACUUUCCCAAAAGAGGGAGAUCAGGGACCAAGCAGCAUCCCUGCAGAUAUUGUGUUCAUAGUGCAACAGAAGAGUCAUCCUCUGUUCAUAAGGCAACAUAAUGACCUCAUUUACAAGGCCCAAGUCUCUCUGGAGAUGGCCUUGACCGGGUUCUCUGUGGAUGUGGAGACACUAGAUGGCAGGCUACUCACUAUUCCCAUCAAUGACAUUGUGCACCCUGCGUACAAAAAAGUGGUGACUGGAGAGGGAAUGCCGCUGUCCCAGGAUCCUUCCCAGAGAGGAAACCUCAUCAUUACCUUUGACAUCAAGUUUCCCGAGACGCUUUCCGCUGAGAGGAAGCAACUGAUCAAACAAGCUCUGGCCUUUAAAUAUUGAUCACAUUUUAAUACAUGUCUUGCUAUCCUAUGACUAA